CGUUACGGAUCCCUCCUCCCAGCUUUGCUCCGAGCUCAUCAUUUCCACCGGCUCAGUUCGGUUUUGUCUGUCAUGUUCGUGACUUUUGACUGAGCCUCAACGUGAUUUUUUAGUUUCUUGACGAAGACUGACAUCUUUAUCCGUACUGUUACCCUGUAAUAACUGUGAUAGUGCGUGUGCGAGUGCUUUUAGUGUGCGGGCCAAGCCAUCCUAACCAUGGCGGGCAGUUUUGAUUUCUUUGUGACAAACAUUGAAAUGGAUGGUAAUUUCCUGAAAUUGUGGGGCCACAAGGACAAGAAUAGUGCCCAGAAUGUGGAGAGGAUCAUUCAACAGAAGUUUCAAGACUUCGAGAAGGGGAUCGGCGUGCCGGACCCCCACGCCCUUGUCCCCGACCUACUGUGUUGCGCCCGCUACAAUGAUGGUGGCUACUACCGAGCCCGCAUCACGCAUGUGGACUGGAGCGCCGGCAUGGUGCUCUGCUUUUUCAUUGACUACGGCAACAGGGAGCGCGUCGCCAUUUGCGACCUGAGGACCGUUGAUCCUUAUGACGCGCUGCUCAAGCUGGCUCCUCAGGCUUCAUGUUACCUCCUCUCGAGGGUGGUGGGCUCCUGGGACCCACCCGCCCUCAACUUCAUCAAAUCUGCCAUCAUGUACAGUGAACUGAAAGGUGUCCAGGUGCAGUCCGUCGGCCAGAUCAACCUGUUGAAUCUGUACGUGGAAGGUGGCCAGGAUUUCGGGGAGUACCUGAUGCGGUUAGGGCUGGCGUCCCUAGUGCCUGCCGAGAACUUUGAGGUGAUGGUGUGGCGGUCGCUGGCAGUGGCAGUGCCUCAGGGCCUCGGCUGUCUUGGCCUCGGCGCCCUCCCUACCGCUACCGCGCCUGCCUACCCUUUUCCGUUGGGCCCGGUGGGUCCGGUGCUGCAGAGGCCUGUGUUACCUUUGCCAUCAGUCAUCCCUCCCCAGCCACCUGCCGUGUCGUCCAUUCCGCAUCGUCUCCCUGCUGUGGACAUGAAGGAAAGCACAGCAAGCCGUUUCCCGACGUAUCCGACGCUCCAACCGAACACUGAACACACAGCGUUUGUGUCUUAUUGUGACAAGAGCUCGUCAACAAUCUACUGCCAAUUAUCGAAAGACCAGCCACAACUGGAGGCCCUUUCAGCAGCAUUGAAUGACCCUGCUGUCACCAAAUUGGUUCAAUUAACCCCUCCAUAUAUCCCUGGGCGGAUUUGUGUUGCGAAGUACACUGAAGAUGAUCAACUUUAUCGGGGAGUCAUUACUGGUGUUACAGACAAAGUCAAUGUCUACUUUGUGGACUAUGGCAACAGUGACACUGUUCCGCCAUCUGAUGUGUUCGAAAUACCCUCAGACUAUUCCCAUCAUCAGGUGAUGGCGUUGCCUUUUGCACUUGCUAGCUGGAACCAAGCUGAUGUCUCUGAUGAGAUGUUUGAAAUUCUCUCUGAUCUUAUUAAUGAGCAUAAUGUUGUUCUUAAAGUCGCUGCCUCUCAGGAUUUAAGUACAAAGCAGCUCUGUGACCUCUUCAUUGAUGAAACUAAUGUUACUCAGCUUGUGAAUACAGAGCUUUUAAGAAGGAAACCAAAGUUGACUUUCCGGAACAUACAUUUUCCAACUCCUGGUGGGAAAGUUGAAGUAGUUGUGGCAUAUGUGAAAUCCUUGAACAACUUUUAUGUACAACUUGCUGCACAUCAGAAGGAUCUUGAAGAUAAAAUGGCAGAGGUGGACAGCUACUGUAAUGGUCCUGCAGCUCUUAUGAAAGCCGAAGACAUUGUACCAGGCGCACCCUGUUGUGCGUUGUUCCCCGCUGAUGGGCAGUGGUACCGAGCGAUGAUACUCAAUGCUAGCAUUGAGGAUCUAACUGUCAUGUAUGUGGACUAUGGCAAUGAGGAGAAGGUGACAAUAGCUGAUUUACGGGCAGCAAAUGAGUCAAUUGUGAAUCCUCUCCGUGCUCAAGCAAUACCUUGUCGGCUGACUGGCUUUGAUGUCAAAGCUGAUCAUCAGUUAGUUCAAAGGUUUGAAGAACUCGUGCUUGAGAAAACCUUCACUUUACAUGUACUUGAUCUGAAUGAGGAUGUCCCAUGUCUUUGGGUGAAGCUCUUGGAUGAAAAUGGCACUGAUAUAACUACUUCACUGAAGGCCCCAAUGCACCAAAUCAAUGGGCAUGCUAUUGCCCCUCCAGCGUCUGUUAAGGUAGCAAUAUCAGGGCCAGGAGAAAGAGAGGUUGUUCUGUCAAAAGAGAGCUAUCGUUCUAGGGAAACGACUGCCAAGCCUGUUAAUCACUAUCAAGAUCGAGACAGAACUAGGAACGCUAGGCCUAUUGAUCAAGACCUCAGCACACAAUGCCCUAAGAAGGACCCAGCGGCUUGGGGGAUUGGGGAGAAACGUAGGGAGAAACAUAGCGCAAUCGGCCAUUGUGACAGAGAUAAUGGAGCUUAUGAAACUGAAUCUCAGGCCUCAAGGAAGUGGAAUGAUGCUCCUCAGCAUCCCUCCAUCAAGUAUUCAACCAUUGCUACUGGUGAUAUCAAGCCUGUUGUCAUUGUUUUCUCCAAUGGUCCUACUGAUUUUAAUGUCCAGCUUCGUCCAACUGAUUCCAAGUUUGAAAUGUUGUCAGAACAAAUUGAAAAGUUGUUUUCUACUGGAGGCAGUACAUUGGGCCGCUCGCUUGUAGUUGUUGGCACAGCAUGUGUGGCCAGGUAUAAAGAGGAUGAGAGCUUUUAUAGGGCUGAAAUUAAGGAAGUCCGCAAGGAUGGUGCCCUUGUUCACUUUGUUGACUAUGGGAACAAUGAAGUGGUAAACUUUGAAGAUCUGAAGGAAAUUCCUGAUGAAUUCCUUGCCCUCCCAGCUCAAGCAUUUCAUUGUAGUUUGAAAGGUGUUUCUGAGUGCACGCAAGACAGCUUAAUCAAAAAGUUCAAUGAUUUGUUAGACUAUCAGAGCCUUGAGGCUGAAAUUCUUGACUUCAGAGACCAUCUUUAUCAUGUUAUCUUGAGAGACUCAAAUGAUUCCCUAACAAUCAAUGAGCAAUAUGGCGCAGCACUGACUGAUUUGCUCUCACCCAGCAGUAUUGUCUUUAGUCUUCCGCAGCUGAGCAUUUCAGAAGGUGAUUCGGCCGAUGUCACUGUCACAUGGUUCAAAUCGCCUGACAACUUUUACAUCAUGCAAAAAUCUUUUGAAGCUGAAUUUAAGAAGAUGAUGACAGCACUGCAGGAGGACUAUAAGAGUAAAGAGCCUGUGGCUACUCCAUCUAUUGGUCAUGUUGUUGUUGCCCGUUACACGGAUGGUGCAUUUUACAGAGCUGAAAUUGUAGUCAAGAAAGAUUCCAAGUUUGGAGUACAGUUCCUGGAUUAUGGCAACAGGUGCCUAGUGGCUCCAUCCUGUAUUUUCGGUCUUGAGCUGCAGCAUGCAGCUUUACCACCCCUUGCCAUUCAAUGCCAGCUCUUUGGGGUGAAGCCGAUUGGAAACUCUUGGUCAAAUUCUUCAGAUAUUCUCAAUUUGUUUCAUGGAAAUUUGAAGUGCUCCUUCAAGGAGCGUUCCUCAAAAGGCUUCAUAGUCAGUUGUAAUAGCAAUGGUCAGGAUGUGGCAGACCAGUUAAUUGUUGACAAACUAGCCAAAUCUUCCCUUCAAGAGGACCAUCAGACAAUUCCUCACAUCAAAGGAAAGAAGCGUGAGAUGCCUGUAGGCUCUUCUCAUCAGGCUAUUUUUGCCUACCUUGAAGAGCCUGACAAAUUCUUUGUUCAUCUGGAGUCUGAAUCUUCAGACCUUGAAAGUUUGCAGUCUGAACUUCAGGCAGCUGCUGAAAUGAUGCCACCACUAGAGGGCCCUGCAAUCCCUGGAAGUUUGAUUAUGGCGAUCUUUGAAGAUGCCUGGUACAGAGGCCUUGUCACUGCAACCACCAAAGUUUUCUUCCUCGAUUAUGGAAACACAGAGGACUAUCCAUCAGAUUCAGCAAGUGUCAGGAAAUUGCCUAAGCAUUUGGAGAGCUGGCCAGGAUUUGCUAUUCAAUGUCGGUUUGACAGGCCGGCAUCAAAGGUGUGGUCCCAAAAUGCUUCCGAGGAAUUGGUGAGGAUCUUUGAUCAGGAAGAGAAGCUGCAAUUGAAGAUUAUCUCGAAGUCUUUGGAUGAAGACUCGUUUGUUGUUAAUCUUGAUGGUAUAUCUGAGGGACUGCAUGACCUUUGGAGUGAUACAGUUGGUGUAGAUGACACCAAUCAAGAUUCGGUGCCAAUUCCAGUCCAUGUUGAGAAGCGUGAGAUGCCUGUAGGCUCUUCUCAUCAGGCUAUUUUUGCCUACCUUGAAGAGCCUGACAAAUUCUUUGUUCAUCUGGAGUCUGAAUCUUCAGACCUUGAAAGUUUGCAGUCUGAACUUCAGGCAGCUGCUGAAAUGAUGCCACCACUAGAGGGCCCUGCAAUCCCUGGAAGUUUGAUUAUGGCAAUCUUUGAAGAUGCCUGGUACAGAGGCCUUGUCACUGCAACCAACAAAGUUUUCUUCCUCGAUUAUGGAAACACAGAGGACUAUCCAUCAGAUUCAGCAAGUGUCAGGAAAUUGCCUAAGCAUUUGGAGAGCUGGCCAGGAUUUGCUAUUCAAUGUCGGUUUGACAGGCCGGCAUCAAAGGUGUGGUCCCAAAAUGCUUCCGAGGAAUUGGUGAGGAUCUUUGAUCAGGAAGAGAAGCUGCAAUUGAAGAUUAUCUCGAAGUCUUUGGAUGAAGACUCGUUUGUUGUUAAUCUUGAUGGUAUAUCUGAGGGACUGCAUGACCUUUGGAGUGAUACAGUUGGUGUAGAUGACACCAAUCAAGAUUCGGUGCCAAUUCCAGUCCAUGUUGAGAAGCGUGAGAUGCCUGUAGGCUCUUCUCAUCAGGCUAUUUUUGCCUACCUUGAAGAGCCUGACAAAUUCUUUGUUCAUCUGGAGUCUGAAUCUUCAGACCUUGAAAGUUUGCAGUCUGAACUUCAGGCAGCUGCUGAAAUGAUGCCACCACUAGAGGGCCCUGCAAUCCCUGGAAGUUUGAUUAUGGCAAUCUUUGAAGAUGCCUGGUACAGAGGCCUUGUCACUGCAACCAACAAAGUUUUCUUCCUCGAUUAUGGAAACACAGAGGACUAUCCAUCAGAUUCAGCAAGUGUCAGGAAAUUGCCUAAGCAUUUGGAGAGCUGGCCAGGAUUUGCUAUUCAAUGUCGGUUUGACAGGCCGGCAUCAAAGGUGUGGUCCCAAAAUGCUUCCGAGGAAUUGGUGAGGAUCUUUGAUCAGGAGGAGAAGCUGCAAUUGAAGAUUAUCUCGAAGUCUUUAGAUGAAGACGCAUUGGUUAUUUAUCUUGAUGGCAUAUCGGAGAGGCUGCCUGACCUGUGGAGUGAUGCUGUUAGUGCAAAUGACACCAUUGAAGACUCAGUCCCAGUUCCUAUUCAUAUGAAGAAGCGUGAGAUGGCAGUUGGAUCAUCACAUGAGGCCACUUUUGCCUUUUUCGAUGAACCGGACGUAUUUUAUGUGAACCUUCAGUCCGAAGCUUCCGAUCUCGAAAACGUGCAGAAACAGCUGCAAUUGGCUUCUGGAAACAUGCCACCUCUUGAGGGACCAGCAACUCCUGGAAGUUUGAUAAUGGCGAUCUUUGAAGAUGCUUGGUACAGAGCUCUUGUCACUGCAACCAACAAAGUUUUCUUCCUCGAUUAUGGAAACACAGAGGACUAUCCAUCAGAUUCAGCAAGUGUCAGGAAUCUGCCUAAGCAUUUGGAGAUCUUUCCUGGAUUUGCUAUUCGAUGUCGGUUUGACAGGCCAGCGUCAAAGGCGUGGUCCCCAAAUGCUUCCGAGGCAUUGGUGAGGAUCUUCGAUCAGAAGGAGAAGCUGCAAUUGACGAUAAUCUCAAAGUCUUUAGAUGAAGACUCGUUUGUUGUUAAUCUUGAUGGUAUAUCUGAGAAACUGCCUCUCCUGUGGAGUGACAUCCCAGUGGAUGUUGAUGUCAUUGCCAAGGAAGAAGACUGUUUGAUGGAUGGUGUUGGGGUGGGAUGCAAUAUUGUUUAUUUGACCUCCCCUGAUGAGUUUUAUGUGCACCUUGACUCGGAUGCUGAGAAAUUGGAGCACAUUGCACAGGAACUGCUCCAAGCGGAUGGUUUUGACACCUCUCAAGAUUGGUGCGAAGGAGAUACAUGUGCCGCCUUAUUUGAUGAAGAUGGAGUUUGGUAUAGAGCUAUGGUUGUUAGUGCGACACCACCAUCUUAUAAAGUGCGCUUUGUUGACUAUGGAAAUGAGUCUGAAUCUCAUGCUUUAAGGAAGCUCCCUGAGAAAUUGCUGGAGCUACCACCACUAGCCUACCACUGUGCUCUGCCCAAACCAAAAGAUAUCUCCUGGUCAUGUGAUACUGCCAAAUCAAAAUUGGAGACUUUGGUUGAUAGCUGUGAUUGCAAGUUUACCAUUGAGCUCCUCACCAAAGAAGAGCCAUACUUGGUUUCAUUAUAUGGAAAUGGAGUCAAUUUGAAUUUAGACAUUGCUGUGUGCUGUGGGUAUGAUCCUGAAAUAAUUCGUGCUCACUUGUCUACUCUACAAGUGUCCAGAGGCAAAACAAUUAAACUGACAACUCAUCUCGAUGACAUUGAAACCCAGGUUGAUGAACAUCAAGAUUUGGACUUGAAUGUGACCCCUCAUCUUCAUCCUAAUGGAAGUGUAGUAAAUGAAUGCGUAGACUCGCAAGGAAAAGGGGAGCAGUCAGCUGCAGCUGAUGUGGCACAGAUAGUUGAGAUUGGAAUACCUGAUGUAGUUCUUCUAAGGAGCCAUUGUGAUAAUGAAGUCAAAUCUGGAGAGUCAUUGAUGGCCUGUGAGUCCGGCAAUGGAUUAGGGUCAGUAAGUGAUGCCUUCACUGAAGAAGCUGAAACACUGGAAAACCUGUCUGCUAACGAUAAAAUUAUUGGAAAUGCUGAAGAACUUGCACCUAGUGACUCAGCUGUCUCGUUAAUUUUAAACUUGAGUGAGCACUUGGCAGAAUCUGUUGAAAUUGGAUCGGAGGAAUAUCCGCCAAGAGACAUUCGGGAUGAGGAAGUGAAAUUUGAAGAAUCAUUGACAGUGUGUGAGGUUGAUGAUGGGACAGGGGCCUUAAGUGGAGCCUACAUCAAAGAAGCUGAAACACUUGACAAGCUGUCUAUUAACAACGAAUGUGCAUCAAGUAUACUUGUUGAAUCAUUAAUGUCGGACUUCAGUGAGCGUUUAGAAGCAUCUAAGGAGGCAGAUGCAACUGAGUUCGGAUUGGCUGAAGAGUGUCCGCAAAGUGACACUUGUGAUAAUGAGGCCAAAUCUGAGGAGUUCUGUGAGGUUUUUGGUGUGAUGAGGGCAUCUAGUGAAUCCUGCUCUGAUCACGCUGGAACACUAGACAAGCUGCCUACAAUCGAUGAAGUUGUUGAAAAAUCUGAACCUGCACCAUCACUCUCAAUAUUGAGUGAGCAUGUUGCAGUUUCUGAAGAGGCAGAGGCAGUUGAGAUGAGAUCAUCUGAGGAAUGUGUAUCAAGGAACUUGAGUGGUAAUGGAGCUGACAAUCAUUUUGUUAACGAUGUAAUCGAUAAAUCGGACUUAUGUUUAUUAGGAGACUCUGAUGAAGUUAAGUCAGAUGUGUCAUCAACAGUAAAUAAUAGUGAAGAGCCAUGCAUUUCUGAUGAAGUUGAAAUUCUUUUUGAGGCUCUGAAAGUGUCAUCCUUGGAUGACUCCGUGGUGGAGAUAACGGAGACUCAGAUUCCUGUCAUAACUAUUGAUGAUUCUGAUGUUGAUGACAAUAACUGUCUGCCCACCAAUACCCCUGAUGAGAUGCCAGACUUGAUCAAUUCUGUGAACUCUUUGUCAGUUAGUAAUUCUGGUGAUCUGCAGUGUGAUAUUGAAGAAGACACGAGUACACCUUGUUUUGUUGCAUCAUUACAUACUUACCCAAACGCUCACAAUUGUGAGUUAGACAUUGAUGGUGUACACCAUGGAUUUUCCAAGGCAAGCCCCUCUGACUUCAACUUAUUAGAAAUGGCUGCAGGGGCAAAGUUUUAUAUCUUUGAUGACUGUCAAGAACACAACAAUCUAGUUGUGACUGUGAAAUCAUCUUAAUUAUUCUCAUUUCUUACACAUCUUUUUUUCCUCUGACUAUUUCCUUAUGUGUUAUUUGAGUGUUUUAAUGAUAUUGAUAGCAAUUCUUUUAUCUUCAGUUUAUUAUUAGAUAAAAUUUGUAGGACUGAAGUUUUGUAAGUAAGAGCAGUCAAUGAGAACAAAUUGUAUGUAUAUUUUGGUUGUUUUAGGUAUGUUGCUCAAAUAAAGAAAACUAUGUAAAUAAAUAAAAGUAUAUUGUUCUUAAAAAAAUUUGCAUACAUCUUGUAACAGAAAUAAAAGUGAAGGUCAUAGUCUCAUAACAUCUUUCUGAAGAAAUGCUUGGGUGGAAAUUUAUGUACUUUGUAAUGAACAGAAUAGGGAUUUUGAGAAACUUGUUGACCUAAAGGAAUAACACCCCUGAAGAAAUAUUUUAUUUUCCUUUGAAUAGAAUUUGAAUCUAAUCCAUCAAUGAGAUGUUAUUAUUGGCUUCUGCCAGUGCUCAGAAAACUUAUCCUUGACAUGUGCGAAUGGAAACUGAAGCUCAUUUUAUAUGGCUUAUUAAAUGCAGAGUCUUAAGUGGACAUCAAAUUA